AUGAUAAUCAAUAAAACAUUAAUUGAAAAUAAUGAAAAUUAUAAUCGUUUAUUAAAAAAUCGUCAAUAUUCAAUAUUAAAUCAAUUAGAUAAUUCAAUUGAUUUAAAUCGUUUUGAAAAUGAUAAUGAAUAUCGUCGUUUAACUAUACUUGGUUUAUUUAUGUGUGAUGAUCCAUCAUUUGAAUAUGGUGAACAAUUAUCUAUUGAAUAUAAUAUAUCAAUUGAUGAAUUUAAACCUUUACAUACAAAUGUUUUUCCAUUUAUUGAUGGAAAAGAUUUUGAACGUUUAAAACUUUUUUAUGAUAUUAAAAAAUCUUCAGGAGAUUUAACACAUGCACAAAAACAUAUUGAAGCUAUUCAACAAUUAACGAAUAUUCUUAAUCAAGAUUUUGAUUAUAAAUAUUUUCUUUCAUCACCGGAAUUAUUUAUUGAAAAACAUGCGAAUGAUUCAAAUAUAAUAAAUCUUGGUUUAGCACUUGAUCAAAUUAAAAUAUCAUCCUCAUUCAUAAUUAGUUCAAGUUGGAUAUAUUCAUAUUAUUUACGAUGUAAUCCAUUAUCAUCAUUAAUAUUUGAUUCUUGUCUACGCUCUCAAAUCAAUGAUUUAAAUAUGUGUUGGGAAUUAUGUUCUUCAUUAGUUGAAGAAGAUUAUGGUCCAUCAUGGAAAUGUUGUUGGGAAUUAAUUAAUAAAAAUUGA